AUGUUUCAGUAUCCCACGCAGAGCAUGGAUAUACCUCAUUUUCCGCUGAGAAAGGAAGGAUUUAAUGUGCAUCAGUAUGCUCCCUUGCAAAACUAUGUGAACCCACCAUCUAGUCCAACUGUUCAAUAUUCCAGCCUGUGCAAGCAGAUCGAGAUUUCAUGCAAUUCUGUUCAGAACUGUCAGGUCUGCACCUCGACACUUGCGAAUGGUUUGCAUUUUGGAGCGCGAACCUGCGCAGCAUGUGCAGCCUUCUUUCGAAGGACAAUAAGUGAUGGAAAAAGAUACGUCUGCAAACAGAGUCAGCGUUGUAAUAAUCCUACCAGGGACGGUGAGACAUUCGCAUUGCAAAGGGUACAUCAUAAACAUGGUGACAAUUGUCCGAAGACUCGUAGAAAUUUUUUGUUGCUCUUUUCCGCUUCGCCUCUUUGUCAUUCGUUGUCUAUUUGCCCUCGUUUACGUGAUUAG